AUGGUUAAAGCGUAUGAAUUAAGAAACCCUAAUAUGCUUGUUGAAGACUCUAUAAAUCCCACAAAAGUAGAAAGAACUGCAACUGAUAAGGAACUUAUGAAGUUUGUUGCAUUUGUUUUGAAGGAAGUAAACUCUGAUGUUUUGCUAGAUGUUCAAACAUCUUUGGUAAAAGAUCCAAGCCCUGAUAAUGACUCAAGUGAAAAAGUUAAGGAAAAUGUUCCUGAUCAUGUUUCUCAUGAGAGAAUAAGUAAAAAGAAAUCUGAGCUUGUUGUCAAUGUUGAAGAACUUACUUCUGAUGAAGAACCCCUUACAAACAUUGAAGUGAAGAGAAAAACUGAUGGGUUGAAAGGUACUCCUUCUAGAAGCUCCACAGGAAAAUAUCAUGUUGGACCCACUAGGUCAUGGAUUAAAGUUACUACCCCUACUAGAAAGAGGAAAAUUGUCUCCUCUAGUGAAUCUGAGUUUGAUGUUGCACAAGAUGUCCAGGAAAUCACCCCUAUAAAAAGAUAUGCUAACAAGAAACCUCGUGAUGCUAGGUCCAAAGCUCCACCAGAUAAUGCUUCUUUACAUUAUAUGAAGAAUGCAGAAAGGUGGAAGUAUGUCAUUCAGAGAAGGGUAACUCUAGAAAGGGAAUUCGGUAAGGAUGUCCUUAAAUGUAAUAAGGUCAUGAAACUGAUAGAAGCUGAUGAGCUAAUGAAGAUUGUCACACACUUUGGACCUUGCUAUGAAAACUGA